GAUUUGAAGUUGGGGGAUGUUGUCCUCAACCCAUUGCCAUGGAUAGAUGGUCCCCUGCUUUGAGAUUUUCCAGGGCUGCCCUCCAAUCAAAGAAGGGGAUUGGUUGAACUGGUCUAUCCCAGGCAUGUGAUGGACCCAGUGGGAUCCAGAGGAAACCUAGGUAGUUUCUGAAGUUUUAAUGCAUGGUUUGAUGGAGUCCUUAAUUGUUGCUUGGAAUGAAUAAGCAACGAUGGCUUUGGAUUAGUUUGUGCUAUGUGGAUUCUCUAUGCAUGAGGGUUUUAGAAGGCCUCUUGGUUUUCAGAGAAACACCAGGAGAUGAAGUAGCAUAAGAAACCCCUAAAGGAGGAAGAUGAAGAGCAAGUCCAACUGACACAGGAACAAAGUUAUUAAGUGAUGCACCAUGGAAGACUGCCUCCAUACAUCUUCCGAAAACCUUUCCAAGCUGGUCAGUUGGGCCCACAGUCAUGGUACCAUUUGCAGCCUCAUUCCAAAUUUAAAACACCUCCUUUCAGAGGGUUCCCAUGGCAACCUGACAGCUAUGUGGGGCUGUAGUGCAGGCCAUGCCUAUCACUGGCCACUGACAGCUACUUGUAGGGCUGGCUCACAGGAAAGAGUUUGUUUCCAGGAUAACAGAAGUUUCAACUCGGAUAGCCCCAGCAUAAUCGGCAUGCCUUCAGACCCCCAAGUCAGCCCGGUGGAACGCUAUCCAGGGAGGUCAGGAAAAGCAAAGUUGGACUGUAACAGAACCAGAGAUUCCUGCGAUUUCUCCUACUGCAGUGAGCCUUCCGAAUUGGAUGAAACAGUGGAGGAAUACGAAGAUGAAUCUAAUCUUUUUGACAUGGUCUGUGAGUCUUCGGUGACCGAUGAAGAUAGCGAUUUUGAACCUCAUCAUCAAAGAUCUCAGAUAAAUUCCCUUAAAAGAUCUGGCCCAUCUUCUUCGCUACAUUUGGACUCUCAGUCUGAGGUCAUUGAUGGAAGCAGCAGUGAUGUUUUAGCCAAAAAAAUAAAGCAAGAACUCCCCGAGGAUUAUUAUAUCGUGGCGAAUGCCGAAAUCACUGGUGGCAUUGAUGGCCCUGCAUUGUCCUUGACACACAUGUCAAAACCUAAAGGUGGAACCUCCUAUCCUGUGGCAUCUAAGCUAAGUUCUCACUCAUCUCCUUCCCUCAGUGCUGACUUGGAUUUACAGAAUGUUUCAGCCUCUUCACAUGUUACAUCGAGGCCAGUGACCCAGAAACCUCCCAAACUCAAUCUGCCUUCCUCAAGCAGAAGGCCUGGUAACAUCCCGACUGUAAAUCCUCAGGUGGCCCUCCAGGUGCCUGCCAGCACUUCUAAUUCUGGCAAACCUAUCAGCAUUCCUUUAUCAGCCUUGCAGUUUCCUGGGCAAGAAGAGCUGUCGGCCUCAGAAGAUCUCCUCCAGCCUGGCCCAAAUCAAGCUUCCAACGAUGUAGCAUUGUCUCCUUCUGUUAGCACGGAGCCAGAGGUUAGUUCUAGCCAGCAGCAGCCGAGCACUGCUCCCAGCGCAGUCACUGAACCGGUGGCACAGACAAUAGCAGACCAAGAUGAGAGAGCUGCCGAACUUAGUAGAGAGCAAAAUGAGAAAACUAUUCGCAGUACCCAGACAGCUCUCCGAAACUUCAGAGAGUUUCUCAUCUCUAAGUAUCCUUCAGAAACCAGGGAGAUCUACAUUAUUCCUUGCAAAGAACUAGAUGCUUACCUAGCAUCCUUUUUUGUCGAUGCCCGGCAGAAGGAUGGUUCAGAAUAUGAGCCAAACAGCUUGGCCAACUACCAGUGUGGGCUGGAGCGCUAUCUCAAAGAGCAUCGAUAUGCAUACAGCAUCACCCGAGACAAGGAAUUCAAGAGGUCCCAGGAAGCACUGAAGCAGAAGCAGAUGGAACUGAGGUGCAAAGGCAAAGGCAACAAGCCGCACAAAUCAAUGAAACUUACUUUUGCCGAUGAGCUGAUUCUCCGCAAAAGAGGCCUGCUAAGCCGAUAUAAUCCUGAGGGAUUGCUGAACCUUGUCUGGCUCAACAACACAAAGGCCUUUGGCCAUUGUACUGGCUUCCACGGGUCGACUCUCAAAUGGGGGGACAUUAGACUUCGGGUGACAGAGACCGGCUUAGAAUACUUGGAAUGGAUGGGCCAAGAUGGCAGCGAUGGGAAUUCCAAGAUUAAGAGAACAGGCACAGAUUCCCGAGUGUAUGCCACUCAGCAUGCUCCACAGACUUGCCCCGUGCAAGAUUAUAAGGAAUACGCGCAAAGGCGUCCCCCCGGGAUGCGGUACGAGGAUGCCCCUUUCUACUUAUCCAUUAAGCCGGUUGUUAAUCUAGCUGCAUUACACUGGUACAAUUGCCAGGCCCUAGGUAAGAACAAACUAGCCAAGAUGGUCAAGACUAUGUGUGAGAAAGGGAAUAUUCCUGGAAGGAAGACCAACUUCAGUGUGUACCAGAGCUGCAGCACCCUCUCAGAAGCCCAGAGUAACCAGCUGGUGCUAAUCUGCAACAACCUAAGCCAACAGGCCGCUCAGUCCGUAGCAAGUCAUUCUAGUACUGGCAACUUCAUAGUGUCUGCAUCUUAUGACUCUUCUUCGGAUACAGCUUGAAAGGACACUCAGCGGAACCAUGAGGUGCUAGAAGCUUUGGUGUCUGGUAACAUACAUUGUCUGUGAUUCUACAGUUCUCAUUAGACUCACCUUUCUCCAGUGUCAAAUCCCGUUAUCAAAACAUAUAUACAUAUAUAUACAUACAUACAUACAUACAUACAUACAUACAUAUAUAUAUAUACACACAUAAAUACUACAUAUAUAAAUAUAUAUUUUUUCUUUUUAUGAAUAUGUGAAUAGAAAUAGCUUAGCCUAAUUUAUAUAGUAUUUCUUAAUGCUGAUGGUGAAAAAGGAAGCAUAUUUAUGGGAUGCUAAUUUAAUGGCUGAUUAUGAAACUGAAAAAUAAUUUUCAGGCCAUCUCUAAUUUUAGCAUUACCCAUAUUUUAAACUUUAGUCAGUGUGAAAUUUGAUUAAUUGUCACUUCUUUCUGAAGCAAGAUGCAAAGUAUAAAGUAAGACAAUAUUGACCAUUUUUUAUUAAAAGCUCCAAUAAGCCCUCCAUAUGACCGAAUAGAUAUGGAGACAAUUUAAAGUGAUGAAGUUGAUAUGUUCUGUGAAGUUCUUUGAAGGCAUCAUGAAUAAAGGGAAAUUUUUGAAAUUGCCUUGAUACAAUUCAGCAAUGCUUUCAGGCAUUUGCUUUCAUUGCCUUUGAAAAGUGCCCCAUCUUCAUUUUUAAAAGUAGAAUCACCCUCAAAUUCUCAAACCUUUUAAAAGUGUGGCAUGAAUUUGUUAUGUGAGAGAAUGAAGGCAGGAAUAUUUUUCUACUUUGUUUAGUUCUUUUUGUAGUUCAGCUAGAUUUUUUUUUAAAUUGUGUUGAUGAGGCUAUGGAGAAGGAAAAGAAUAAAAAAAAGUUGCUAUUUAUUGCAAUGUUUUCUUUUUACGAUUUAGGUCCCUGAAUGCCAGUUAUGCCAGCUAAGAAAAAGAAAGAAAUGCUAACAAAAUAGCAGUAAAUAAAAGUACUAUUAAUUAAUAUGUAAAAGAAAUAUCAUGGCAAAUAGGAAGACUGUUAAUUUGAAGACUUGUCUUUUAGUACUUUCUGUCUAGCCGCUUCAUUACUGUGAGUUUUAAACAUGUUUUUGAAUAUUGGAUUAUAUUUUAAUUUGCUGCAGGUUGAACAACUACAAUCCAAAAUAGACUAGUUGAUUUAAGAUUGCUUAAUUCUACUGGAUUGUGACCCCUCCACCAUGGUGGAGCUCCACAAUUGGAAUAGCUCCACAAUUAAUUAGCAAUAACUGCAACACCCAUACUUUAUGUGUACAUUGUGUAACUGUGGACAAGAUGGAAGAUAGCUGUGCAGGAGAAUAGGUAAGAAAUUGCAGAUCAGCUGUCUUAAUGCUCUCUAAUUCAAGGGAAGGAAAAACCUGGAAGAUCAAUAGUUGCACUAAUGGGCGUGGACUGCAAAAAUCCAGACAAUUACUAGAUGGCAGCAAAAAGAAAGAUUAGAAUGGAUGAAUCUUUGAUGCAAAAGAAAACAAAUAGCUUGUCUAGUCUUUGCCUUUUUUUAAAAACAGGGCUAUAGAAAUACCCCCACAUCGUCAGGGUUCCACAAUGAGUCACCAUGAAACAUUUCUUGAUAGAGACAAGAGAAAAGCACUUACUGAUUUGUUUAUAAAAAUAUAGACUUGUAAUAUAAUCGUAUCACAAAGAAUUGGGGCAGUGCCAGGGAGCAGGUAACAUUCUUGUAGAUUUCCUCCCAACCCAUCCAUUUUAGGCAUUGAAGUAGAAGAAGAGUUGCAGAUAUUAAAUACUUGAUUAGUGGGUUUCUGGGAACUGGCAUUUGCAGCUCAUUUUAUGCAAUAAAAUAUGUUAAACAGGUCCUGGGGAUAAGUGAAUGUCAUCUGUCCACUCUUCAUAAGAGAAUAAUAUAGUUAAAUUCAAACUGUUGCUUUCGCUUAUACAAACUGGGAGGAUGCGUCUUGUUCUGUCUAUGAAUCCUCUUUCACGGUGAUAAACAAAUCUUAUUUCAAAUUAUGCAUUCCUAAUUUCUGCUAGCAUUUAUCUGACAAGAAAUGAAUCUUCCUGUAGCAGCUCCUUCCUUGCACAUUAACCUUCCCUUUCCUCUCCUGUAAAGUCAUUACUUAUUCACAGCAAUUUAUACUUGUCUUCAGCCAGAAAGGCAUCUAAAGUGACUUACAUAUUAUUAAUUUUAAAAAGGCACCAUCCCCGUUAAAUUACAUACAUCAGACAAAAGUGAUGGGAAUAAAAGAAAAGAAGCUAACUUAGCUACGGAUCUCUUGAAAUUAGCUGGAGAAGAUGGAGCCAUUCCAGCAGCUGUGCCACAAGUCUGAUUCCAUCAGGUUUUUCUUGUCCCUGAGUUAUUUUCAUUCCUGUUGACCACUGUAGUUUAAUGGUCAUGCUUGCUGAUGAUUGAAUAACUAGCUGGAAUGAAAAAGUACGUGGAAGGAAGAAGAAGCUUAUGGAAGUGGCCUGGAAUUGGCUCUUUAAAUAAUUUAGGAGCCAAUUGCUAAAUGCUAGAAUAACGACUUCAUGAGGUUGGUAGUGUCAUGGUUUAAAGAUGCUCUUCUGUCUCACUACCCAGAUGACUCGGCAUUAUUGAAGGAAGCAUGAAUUCUGCUUUAUAGCACUAAAAAUAUGUCUAUCUCUCCCUUGUCUAAAGCACAUCAACAUCUUCCAGUAAGAUAAUGAUCCUAAACAUAUAAGCAAGUCUACAAGAGAAUGGAUGAAGAAAAAAAAUGCAGUAUUUUGGAAAUGGCCCCCAAGUGAGGCAGGUUUAAGUCAUCUUUUGCUACAUUGCAGUUAAUCAUCUUCUCUAUUCCAACAAAGUCCAGGGAAAAUUUAGCUGUAUAACACAGCUGGGUUGUGAUUGUUUUUACUUUGGAAGGAAGUCAGAUGACUAUGACUAGAAAUAGAUGCAACUGGGCCUGCAAAUUUUGUGUUGGUGUAGGGUUUUUUUUGACAAGAUAAUUGGGUAGCACUUCAACUUAGCAAUGGAGAAAGAACCCAUGAUUAUACAUUUUGGUCAGUUGUCCUUUGAGUCUCAUAUUUCUUAACGGCCUUCUAUCUCUUAAAUAAUGGUUUCACUGAAAGAAGUGGGAAGCUUAUGAAAACAGGUAGUUCUCAGUUAACAAUGAUGACUGGCCCAGGGAACUCCCUCACUAAGGGAUGCAGUAGUAAAUUGUGAUGUUGCAUGACUGCGCUGAUCGAUGGCACAGUUCUGGCACUUCUAGUUCCAAUCACUAGGCAAAUCCCUGCAGUGUGACAUCACAUGCAGAUUCGCAACUUCCUGCUGGCUUCCCCAUUGACUUCACUUGUCAGAAGCUUGUAAUGAAAGUCCUAAAUCAUAAUCACGUGACUGCAGGACACUGUGGCCAUAACCAUAGUAAUUACAAUCUGGUUGCCAAGCGUCCAAAUUGGGUCUGCAAAGGCACAGUGGAUGGACGCAAGUUCAAGGACCAGUUGUAAGUCUCUUCCUCCAGCACUGUCAUAAAUUCAAAUGGUUGCUGAAUGAAUAGCUGUUAACUGAGAACUACCUGUACUAGCUAAGAGUAUUAGUUAAAAUGUCCACAAACAGUUGUAUAUCCCUUUCUAGCUUUUUUAAAAAAAAAUCAGGCACAAGAUAGAAUCAAACCAUUCUAAAUUGUUUACAAUCUAGCACAAACUUAUAAUAGGGACCAACAAGUGAGAAUUUCACUUUUGCUUAAAACUUGCUAAUCAAUUACUAACUCACUGUCUAGUGAGCAGCCUCUUUCCUUUUUCCUUUAAUUGUCUCCACAUCAUGCCUUGCUGAAAAGUGUAAUUGCUUAGCCUUGUUCGCUUGUGACACCGCUUUAUGUAUUACUUAACAUUGAGGUUAAUUGAAGGAUGUUGGCAAGAUUGACAAAUGGCAGGGCUCCUACUGAAUCUUGUAGAUAAAAGCAAAUUAACAUAUGGCGCUUUACAGUGGUCAGUACCUGAAAUAGCUUAGAAAUUCACAAGUGGAAAAUCUUGAACUGCUUUUAUGCAUUUAAGUAUUGUAUUGCUGGCCUUAGAAAGUCAUCGGAAGGAGUGGUAUCGCACAAUGUAAGAGCAAACAUGAUUAAUGUAAUAUCUGUAUAGAUAUUACUUAACAUGAUUAAGUAAUAUCUAUACAGCCAACUGCUAGGGAAAAGGCCCAGUUUUCAGGAGGUUAAAAAGCCUGCAAACCUAUUAACAUUUUGUCAGGUGCGACUUCAUUUAAUAAUCAGGAAAGAAACCACUCAACUCCAUUUGUUUGACAUUAAGUGUACUUUU